AUGGCAGCGGAUGUUACACAUGCCUUUAGAGGCACAUUUUAUCACACGCCUUCGUAUGGCCGCCUGGAUGCGCUGCGGGAUGUCGUAGUCGUAAUCCAAGAUGGAAGCAUUGCGCGAAUUGCAGAAGGCAGCGAGGAGGCUGCGGUGCGAGACGAGUAUGGUCUCGCUGAAGUACGCCAGCUGGAGGCAAGUCAAUACUUCGUACCAGGCUUCAUUGACACACAUGUACAUGCCCCACAGUACCACUACACCGGCACCGGCACUGAUGUUCCGCUCAUGGAAUGGCUCCGCAAGUACACCUUCCCGGCGGAGACGUCCUUCCAGGACUUGGAUGCCGCUCGCCAGCGCUACUCGCUGCUCGUGAAGCGCUUCUUGGCAAAUGGCACAACCACCGCCAUGUACUACGGCUCGCUGCACCUGCAGCCCAAUUUGGUGCUGGUGGACUCAAUCGAGCGGCUUGGGCAGCGGGCAGUGGUGGGGAAGGUUAACAUGGACCGCCAUUCCCCUGACGACUACAUUGAGAACACCUCGGACGGUCUUCGUGACGCGGAGGCCUUCGUGACCUACACCCUGGACAAGAAGUGCUCCCGCAUCCAACCCUGCAUCACACCGCGCUUUAUCCCAACGUGCACUCCGGAGCUAAUGAAGGGCCUUGCUGCGAUUGCGUCCAAGUACGGCUGCCACAUCCAGUCGCACAUCUCCGAGUGCUGUGGUGAGGUCAACUGUGUGCGGGAGAUGCACCCCGAUUACGCAUCGGACGCGGCGGUGUUUGAGGAGAUGGGUCUGCUCACCAGCCGUACUGUCAUGGCGCACGGCACGCUGCUGAGCGACGAGGACAUUCGCCACCUGGCGCGGCGGGGCACCGCCGUCAGCCACUGCCCGCUGUCGAACUUCAUUUUCGGGGAUGCGUUUUUCAAGGUGAAUCACGCGCUGUCUUUGGGUCUCAAGGUGGGUCUGGGCACCGACGUGGCGGGGGGCAUCUCCCCCUCCAUGCUGUCGGCUCAGCGGAUGGCGGUGGUCAACAGCCGGUGCCUCCGUGCGCACAAGCUCGCGAAGGACGUGAUCACGUUCAAGGAAGCGCUGUGGCUGGCCACGGUGGGAGGAGCGCAGGCCCUUGACAUGUCUGACCGUGUGGGUACCUUCGAGGUGGGCAAGGAGUUCGACGCCCUGCUUGUGGACACCAACCUAGGGGGUACCAGCGGCCCCUUCGACGUGUUCCCGGGAGAGGACGACGACCAGCGCUUCGAAAAGUUCAUCAACCUGGGAGACGAUCGCAACCUGAUUGAGGUGUACGUGCAGGUGGGUCCCUCCUCCUCAGCCUCAGACCGGACUUCCCGGACUCCGCCGUGGAGGUUUUCGGUGCGUGGCUCUGAUUAUGCAGUAGUUGGUACUGACAUGCAAACCCUUUUAAGCCUGGGCUAUCCAAGUCCAAAUCGGGUUAAACAAGCAUGUACGUGUCCAUGA